AUGGACAGCAAGAGGAGGCAACAGCAAGAAUUCAGCUUGAGGAAAUACCUUCCAUUUGUUGUUCUGUUCCAGGAUCCAAAUAAAGACACGGAGUGGAAUGACAUUCUGCGCAAGAAAGGUAUCCUUCCUCCAAAGGAAAAUGUGGAGGAACAGGAACGGGCAAAGGAAGAGGAGCAGUUUGCCAUCCUUCAGAAAUCUCUGGUGAAAACUUACGAGGACAUGACUCUGGAAGAGCUAGAAGAGAAUGAAGAUGAAUUUAAUGAGGAAGAUGAGAGAGCUAUUGAAAUGUACAGGCAGCAAAGGUUAGCAGAAAUGAAGGCAGCUCAAAUGAAGAAUAAAUUCGGGGAAGUUUUGGAGAUUUCGGGAAAGGAUUAUGUUCAAGAGGUUACAAAAGCUGGAAAAGGUAUAUGGGUAGUCUUACACCUCUACAAACAAGGAAUUCCACUCUGUGCCUUAAUAAAUCAACAUAUGAGUGGGCUUGCAAAGAAGUUCAGAGACGUGAAAUUCAUCAAAGCUAUCUCUACCACCUGCAUUCCCAACUACCCUGAUAAGAACCUCCCCACGAUAUUUGUGUACCUGGAGGGAGACAUCAAAGCUCAGUUCAUUGGGCCUUUGGUGUUUGGUGGCAUGAACUUGACAAGGGAUGAAUUGGAGUGGAAGAUUUCUGAGUCGGGUGCUAUCAAGACAGACCUCGAAGAGAACCCCAGGAAGCAGAUCCAGGACCAGCUCAUGUCCUCAAUCAGGGCGUGUGUCCCAGCCAGAGGGGAGAGUGACUCAGAGGAUGACUAAUUCCCAUGUCUGCAUCCGGAUUGAUGCAGUGCCCUUGCAGCCAGUGUUCCUGCCUCAAGCACUGGAGACACUCCUCAAGGCCUUGCUGAGCCCCAGAAGGGUAGCCUUUCAAGACAUUCAUUCUAGAAACUCUAGAAACUAAAAACAUUUCUGUUUUUUAAAAAUUGCAGCUUCACUUAAGAUGCUGAAAGACAUUUUGUAUAGUGAAGCCUGAGUAAAUCUUACUCAAAAGUUUUAAAAUAUAGACGUGAAUAG